AUGAGGUUAAUUUUGUUUGAUGUUUGCGUGUUGGGAGUAGCAGCUAUUACUGAACAACAACGCCUGGAAAUUCUGAAACUAAAGUCCGAACUUACUGAUGCCCUAGAUAGUGACGAUGAAAAUGUGGCCGCCAAGGGAGUCAUAGUACAACCCUCCUGGACUCAGGGUGCGGCCAAAACUGACCCCAAAGAAUCAGCCAAAGUUGAGGUUACUGCUCAAAAUCGUAAAGAAGCGGAUGCAUUAAGAGCUGAAAUUGGUUUGGCAGUUGCCAAGGAUAAUUAUGCCACAGUUGGUGCUGCCAAAACCCAAGAUAUCAAAGCCUUGGAGUCUACUUUGGGUAUGAAAGAAAAGGGUAAAGAAGCUUUACUGUCCAUGAUGGGAGGCCAGGGGGAAACGGAGGCUUCUGAACAGGUGGGGGCAGGCUCAAAGGAUACAGAUGAGCUAUCAGCACACACCAAAGCUCCUAAUGUUAUAGCGGCUAAUAUAGCCGAUGAAGCGGAAAUAGAUAUACGUAAAUUACAGCGUCUGGUAGUUUCGAAAAGACGUACCAAAGAGGUUUUAAUACUCAAAUAUAUAGAAGAAGAUUUCUCCUUUGAUUUGGGCCCCGAGGUUCAGGAAUGGGAACAUAUAGUGCAUGCUGGCCAGGAAUAUUUUAUAGGACGUCGUCUAACCGAUUUGUUAAUAGUGCGUAAAGACACUGCUAAAUAUGAAAAAGCUAUGGUGGUGGAUGUAGGUCAUGUUAUAUCAGAUAUAGAAACCUAUACCUAUUGGAAUUUGGAGCAACAGCAACAGGAAGGCAUAAUACUCAUAGCUACGGGCGAUAAAGUUUUAUGGUAUCGCGCCAAUAAUGAAACCAAACAAAUUGAGUUGUAUUGGGACUGGUUGGUGGGUAAUACUAUAACCGGUUUGACCUAUUUUUCGCUGGACUCCAAAGAUUAUUUAACUAUAUCCUCUAAUCAGUCUUCUUUGGUGGGCCAUUAUGCUUUGAAUAUCUAUCAAUAUAAAUUACAUACCAAAGAAUUUUGGAUAGCCCAACGUUUACAGCUGGAGCAUAUAGUGGAUAAGGUGACCUUUUUAAAUACUGGAAGGGAUGUUAUAUUGGCCUUACCCCAAAAUAAUUCAGCAGAGAUUUAUACAUUUAAUCCCCAUGAGGCUGCCUUUACCCAUAUACGUUUUCAACUCAAGAGAUCGGUUGCGGCGGAAGGUAUUGUAACCAUAGCUGGCUUUAAAAUGGGUGGCCGCAGUUAUUUGGCCUUAAGCGGUUAUCAGCCCCAAAUUUUACUGUAUCAACAGGGGGAUUUUAUUUCAAAAACUAUUUUGGGCAAUAAUUUCGGUUUGGUGGAGUUAUUCCUUCCCAUACCCGUUAGAACUUAUCGUGAUGAUCUUAUUUUACUGGUGCAACAUAGGGUGGAAUUCAGCACCCACACUAUAACGGUAGUGGAGACUUUGAUAUGGGAUGGUGAGGCCUUUGAGACCAGCAUCCCAGUACCCUGUCACUUGGGUGAGCAUGUGGUAUUUGGUGUGGCUUGCAUGCUGGACUUGCACAGAGAUGAGGGUCUUAAGGGAGCCGUUUUAUUGAAAAGCGGUGAUGAUAUUUCGGUUAUAGUGCCACGUUAUAAGGCAGAAUCUGGUCUAUUUCGCUUACACACCGAACUGCUGGCCAAAAACUCGGAGCUUUUAGAUCUGCAAGAAAUAUUUGAGUUUCUUAAAGACUGGGUGAAAGAACAAGAUGAUUUGGUAGCUCAAGCUGAACAUUUUCUACAAAUACCCAAUGAGGAGCUAAUAAAAUCCCCGCCUGAUUUGGCCAGUUUAGAGUCUCUGAAAACCCCAGAAUUCAUAUUUAAUGGAGAUGUUGGAGAAAUAUAUGUAAAUGAUUAUAAAUGGACCUUGGAAGACUCAAAUAUAGAUUUGGAAAUGGUUAUACAAAAUAUAGAAGAUUUGGAUAGAUCUUUGAAUUCCGGCAGGCAACGUAGAAAUCUGGCUGAAAUGUUACAUGAUGAAUUGGAGUUUGAUGAGUUAAUGGUAGAGGACUUGGAAGUGGAGAAUGUCAAUGGCGAAUCAUUUUACAUACAAAAUGGUGAGCUCAACUUUGAGGGUGUUAUUAACAUCUCGGAUUUAGAAGUUUUGGAGGAAUCAUCAAGAGACUCUCGUAAUCAACAAAUACAUGAGGAUGAUUUUGGUUUAGAGGGAGAUAUAGAGUUUGGUGAAAUUAAUGGUGUGGCCUGGUCGGUUAUAAAGGAAAAUUUGGUGUUUAGAACUCAGAAACAGGUUUUUGAGGAUUUAAAAGUAGAAGGAGAAGUUAUGGUGGAAGAUAUUUUAACCAUAAAUACCUUAAAUACUAUGGAUUUCCCAGAUGACUUUUUGGUAUCCAGUGGUCCCGCCAUUUCCAUAAUUAAGGCUGAAAAACAUUUCGCCAACACUUUGUCAGCCGCUGCCGUCGAUACCAAUGGUUUGAUAAAUGGCAAAAAUCCAGUAGAUGCCAUUACUUUAAUGGAUGCUCAGGAGUGGUUGGGUAGGCCCACCUUUAAGCAAUUGGAAGUAGCGGAAAUAUUGGAACUACAUGGUCAAGUCCAUGGCCGCAAUGUGGAUACAUUUCCCCAAAAUCCCACUUUACAGGAGUCUAAUAUUAUUGAAGCCACCUGCCAUUUCAAUGAACUUUAUGUCAAUGGCCCUAUAGUUUUAAAAGGCGAAAUGGACAAUGAACCUUUAGGUUCACGUUUUAAGGAUAUUUUGGUUAAAUCGGAAGAUCCUGAGGAAGAAAUUUGGGUGCCCUCUUUAAAAUCGUUUGACAUGGUCAUGUUUCCCAUAGACUUUCAGCUGGAAAAUAAUAGCAUAAACCAAAUUCAAGCCCAUGAAUUUGUAACAGUGCAUACCAAUCAAACUCUAGGUUUAAACUCUAUAGAAGGUUAUGUUUAUUUCUACAAUUUAAGCUUAAAUGGUUCCUAUGAUGGAGUAAAAGUUGAGGAAGUUUUAAACGAGGUCAUACUUCUAGAUAAACCUUUAGAUUUAACAUCUUUAGAACUGAUAUUUCCACAGGAAUUAAAAGCCAGCUCUUUGUCAGUAUUAGAAAGCCUUAAUGAACAACCUAUUAAGGAUAAUUUACAAACCAUACAAGAAGAUUUAUGGAUAAAAUCGGCUGAGUUUGAGCGUCUAGAAACUGAGCAAGCUGAUAUUUCCCAGGAUAUUUUGGGCCAAGGCAAACUAAACAAUAUAGAGUUGCAUGGCUUUGUUCAGGAAAGAUCUUGGCAUGAGCCUCCCAUUAGAGGCAAUAUUUUCCUAAAUGAAUUGAUUUUGGAGCAAGGUCUACAAACGGAUGAGUUGCAUGGCAUUAAAUCAGAAUAUCUGUUGGAAUUUUUAAAUCAAAUUGAUGAAUUGCCUGAUAUGGUUUUAAAUGGUCAAAUCCAGGUAGAUCAUAUAACAGUGACAGGAGAUGUUCAAUUACAUAAACUAAAUGGUUUACUAUUUGAUGAGGAGAUACAAUUAACUACCAUACGACUAAAUCGUCCCAAUUAUUUGUCCACCAAAUUGAGAUUUACUAAACCUUUGGAUUUAAGAGGCCAUCUUAAGGUAAUGGGAGAUUUUAGAGGAGACUAUUUGCCCGAUAUUAUAGAUGAUAUAGUCAUAAGAUCUACAAAUUCCUGUAUAGAAAUUAAGGGUCCCAAAAGUUUCCUAAAGCCAGUAAAAGUUUUACAAAACACCCAAGUCAAAGCUUUAAAUGGCGUUCCCCUGGAAAAUAUGGCUUGGAAGACAAAGAAUAACAAUUUCAAGGGUUCUAUACACAUCAAAGGCAAUUUAGUGGCACGUGAAGUAAAUUUAGCUGGAAAUAUAAAUAAUUUUAAAUGGCAAGAUUUGGAAAAUCUUUUGUAUUUCGAUACCAAAUUACAACAAUUUGUUUUAAAGAAUAUUACUGAAUUUAAAACUGUGCAAUUUCUGGAGGAUCUUACCGUCUUGAGAGAUUUGCAAGACAUUCCUAAUUUGUCAGAAUUCUUUGAAAACCUGAUAUACAAAAAUCAUUUGUGUUUGCUUAAGGGUAGAAAUACUUUUACCGGUCGCGUUUCCAUUGACAAGGGGGCCUAUAUUAAGUUAUUAAAUGGCUAUGAUCUAAUGUAUCUGUUUAAUAAUUUGGUUUUUAUACAUGGACCCCAGCCCAUAAUUAUACAAGCUCCCGUUAAGUUUGAGGAUUCUAUAAAAGCUAAUGAAAUACAAGUUAAAAGAACUUUGCAAGUGGAAAAUUUAAAUGGUUGCAGCAUAAGACAAUGGAUAAAUGAUACUCUUAGGGUGGAUCAGGAUCAAUAUGUGCCACAUUUCCUGCAAUUUGCUGCUGGCAGUUUAGAUGGCAAUUCUUUGUCGGUACAUUUUAUCAAAGAUAUAGAUCUAACUCGAAUUAUUACCUUAAAUACUCCUCAAAGUUUUAAUGAAUCUGUGCAAUUUUCGGAUGUGAUUUUAAAUGGUGUCAUUUCAACUAAAGGCCUGGUGAAUAAGGUCAAUUUGGAGGAAGAAUUUAAUAACACUUUAAUGACUUAUGGCCAGCAACAUAUAACCACACCUUUAACCAUACAAUCAAUUGCUGUUUUGGGAGACCUCACCGUUCGUGGCCUGGUCAACAACAAUAAAGAUCUACAAGAUGUGGCCACUUUGCAAGAAGAUCUCAUAUUAGAAUCACCACUUUACUUUCAAUCCAUUUACAGUCCUCAGGUCAUUAUGAAAGAUAUGGCCACGGGCAUAGAUUUUAAUAAAUGGUUUACUUCUGCUGUUAAAAACCAAGACCCAAAUUCACAAUUUAUAACCGGUAAUUGGUCAACAAAAUUGCUGACAGUUAAAAAUGGACCCAAAGAUUUUCAAUAUAUGAUUAAUGGUUUUGAGCCCUGGCAAUAUUACUCCUACAUACGUGCACCGCGAAGUGAUAAUCAAGCAGAUUAUGAGGAUGAGGAAAUAUGCCAGCUAAUGAAGGAAAUUAGGCACUAUAUAGCCAAUACAACGAUAAAUAUUAAAUAUAUAGAGGAGGUUAACAAUAUGGUGUCGGAUAAACAAUUAAAGGAUACUAAUGAAACUUUAAGAAAAGUGUUUCAUUUGAAAUACCAGCAAGAAGAUUUAUUGCUGCUUAAUUUUGAAUGUAAAUCCUUUAUCUUUAAAUGGCUGGCUGCUGAAAAUAAAUUUGUUUUUAAAAAUUCUUAUAUAUCAGGACCUAUACAGCAAGUGGAAGUAUUAUCAUUAAACCAUAACUCCCAACUAGAAUUCAUUACUUCUAUGGACACAACAGCAACUGUGAAUUGCUCCUUAGAAUCAGUAAAUAAAUGGCAAGUUGUAAAUGAUUCGGUUAAACUUAUUAAGGAUUUACCUCAUGCUAAGGGUUUGUUAUACAAAAAGCCAGGACUUAAUUCCUCCUUGUGGGCUGUGAAUAAUGAAUCAAUUAAGGAAUUGGAUUUCAAAACUUAUAAAAUUAAACAAAAAUGGCAGCUACCAAAAGAAACAAACAAUACACGCUAUAGAUUUGUGCCUUUUAAAGAAGAUGAGGAAAUUUUAUUGACUAAUGGCGAGCACUUGGUUGUGCUUAAUAAUAAUCUAGACAAGAAAUUUAAGAAAUCUGCUUUUGUUAACCUGGAACCCGAAUUUUUGCAAACAGCUUAUCUUGUUAAUAUUAACAAUUCGGAAUCCAUAUUAAAACCCAAUUCUUCUUUAACGCGUUCCUUUGUUUUUGCCGAUUUCAAACAGGUGGUAGAACGUAUUUUAAUUGAUUUGGGCCAACGUUUAAAUCAACAGGUCAAUAUAACCCAACUUAGCAUACCAGAAUCCGAUUUAUUUGAUGAACAUUUAGUGCCCGAUUUCUUGGCUAAUAUGGAGGAGUUGGAAAAGCAAAAUAUCUAUCCCCCGGAAAUAUUCAAUAUAAGUUUUGAUCAUAUUAUUUUACCGGAAAAUCCAGCCCAAGUUUUGGCUGCCCGGGUAGUGCAAAUAUCCUGGCCUGUGGUAGUGGAAAUGGAGGAAAUACAUUCCUAUUUGAGAUCGAAUCACACUCAUGAUCAUCCUUUAUGUGCCUGUAUAACCAAAUCUUUGGGUUACCUUAUCAAAGAUGUUCUAAUGCUGGCCAAUAAACACAAUAGCUCCCAGGAUCCUGGAGAUUACACCUUGGAAUUGACUAGUGUUAUAGAACGCAUUAGAGUAUUUGAAAAGGAUUUGCAGGCAUUUGUUAAGGCCUUGGAAAAAAAUGAUGAUAAACCCUCACAAGUUAAGAAUUUGGAGAAAGAUCUUCUUGAUGAAUCUCCAACAAAUAGAGAAUUUAGAGUAUUUUCCCAGCAGCAAGAUGAUUUAAUGUUUGUGGAGAAUUCCCAUUUGCCGGGUGACAAACAGGGAGAAAUUUUGUCUCUAAAAGUGGGUGGAACUACAAAUCCCCGCCUUCUAUGGGCUGUGACGAAUACAAAGUCUUCUCUAACUGCUUUAAAUAAUCCUGGAAUUUAUCUGUAUCUAAGGUCAUUAAAAGGCCAGCUAUAUCAAGUUAUAUCAGCCAUAAAACCCCGUUCAUUGCAACAAUUAAGAGUGAAACAGGAAACCUUGCUGUUGUAUAUACAAGAUUGCUGUCAAGUCCAAGUGUUAAGGUAUCUUGGUUCACAAGGCUUUCAAAAGUUUGCAGAGAUACGUGCUACAGAAUAUAUCAAACAAAUACUUACCAUUAGCCUACCUUCUCAGCAAGAUUGUUUGUAA